CACACCCAUCUUUGAGGGUCUGGUCUGAUUCCUGUGGCUCCAGUUGCACCCUGAACAGCAGGGAGGAAGGAGGCCCAAACACAGGUCCCCAGGAGCAGCCAUGAACAAGACAGACAUGGUUCCUGUCCUUAUGAAGGGUAGUCGGGGAGCAAGGCGUUGAACAAAGGCGACAGGACUUCUGUUUACAAUUUGGAAACAUAAAAUCACUCACACAGCAGAACUUCCAGAAAAACUCACCAGCUGAGAGGGAAGAAGUGUGAGAUUUUGCUGAGGUGUCUGAACUUCUGGGACCACAUAAGUGCCCCAAAGACCUAGAAAUGAUGUUGUCUCAAGGGCAAGGUGACUGGUCCAAAGAAGACGUUGAGAAGUUACUGGAACGUAUGGAGAAGAACCUUCCAUCCAAUGACAGCCACACAUUCAAAACAGCCCAGUCACUGAUGGACUGGGAAAAAGUAGCUUUUAAAGCAUUUUCUGGACAAAUGUGCAAACAAAAAUGGUUAGAGAUUUCUUAUAACCUGAGAAAGCUUCGGACUCUGUCAGAAUUAGUCUUGGAAGCAAAGGAAAAUGUUCACAGUUCUCACAAAAGCAGAAAACUCGAGAAGCAUCCUGAUUUCCCCAAGAAGCCCCUGACCUCUUACAUUCGCUUUUUCACGGAGAUGCGACCCCAGUACCUCCAAAAACACCCUCAGCUGAGCAACCAGGAGCUGACCAAGGUCCUGUCUGAAGAAUACAAAAAGCUGCCAGAGCAGAUGAAGCUGAAAUAUACGCAAGAUUUCCAGAAGGAGAAACAGGAGUUUGAGGAAAAAAUGGCUCAGUUCAAGGAACAGCACCCUGAUCUAGUCCGGAAGUCCAGGAAGUCUGCUGUCCCCAAAGGAAGCCAAUCCAGACUCCAGGGCAAUGUGCAAAAAGUGAGGUCUCCCCCCAGAAACAAGGUAUCCAUGACGAUGAAGUUCCACGGAGAGCCCAAGAAGCCCCCGAUGCAUGGAUAUCACAAGUUCCACCAGGAUUUGUGGUCCAGCUGGCAGCUGAAAGGGCUGCCCUAUUGGCAGCGCAUGGUGGAGAUUGGUAGACUCUGGCAGCGGGUCCCCCAAAACGAGAAGGAGCAUUACAAGAAGCAGGCUGAGCAACUGCAGAAACAGUACAAGGUGGACCUUGACCUCUGGCUCCAGACUCUGUCUCCUGAAGAAUAUGCUGCUUACAGAGAGCGAACCUACAGUAAGCGUAAGAACAUGAGCAUGCCAGGGGGCCCGGACCCCAAGAUCAGAAAGAUGGAUCUGCAGUCCCCAUCAGCAGGGAAUCUGCAAGGAGGGCUUGGAGGGGACCAGGGCCUUCGAGAGACGGAAUCAUCAGACACUAUUGGAGAAAAUGUUUCACAGGCAUCAGAGGAACAAAAGGACCUUAAGGAAAGGGAGGAAGGCAGAAACUCCUCAGACAGCAACAGGGAUGAAGAUGAGGAUGGUGUUGUUGAGGGCAGUGGGGAUGAAGAUGAAUAUUGUGAUGUUCAGCACAGUGGCCCCAACUCACAUUCCUAAGGGGACUCCUCUGACGCAUGUGCCAAAUGAUUUUUUUUAAUCCCUUCAAUAGUGUAACAGAGGACUUCCCACCAAAAGUCUAGGGAUCGAUGAUAAAGGCAGGGAACUCUCCUUGAACGUUUCCCUCUUUCCUGCCUUCCUUCCCACUCUCCUUCCCUCCUCCCUUGGUCCCUCCCUCCCUGCCUCCUAUUUUCUGCCCCUUCCUCAUCCAUAUAAAGUAGGACAGGUUGGGAAGAAGAGAACUUGAAACAGUAUUCUCUGCAUCAGGUUCAUAAACAUGGCAAGAGGUAACACUACUGGGAGAAUAACUGUGAAUAUGAAAUGGUAUUCUUCCCCUACUCUACACGCCAAUACCACCCAUCCCUCUUCAUGGAAAUGAAAUCCAUACAAUUACGUUUCUUGGAAAACAAAACAAAAGGAAACAGUGAGAUGAUUGAUUGGUUGGGGUGAAAAUUGUUGUUCUCAUCAUUUGCCUAUGGCUCAUUACUUUUCUGUGGAACUCUCCUCGUGGACCCCUGUACUGGAACUGCAGUGGGGACUAUUUGACAGGAGGUAGGGUAGGUGACUUUGAGAAAAUUGCAAAAUCUUUUUAUCUCUUUUUCUUUCUUCCUCAACCAAGGAGUAGUUCAUUAACCAACUUGGAGUUGAAGAAAUUCAUGUGGGAAGCAGUAUAUCCCUAUGUAUAUUUAAAUUCUGAU